GUUAUGACAUUGAUCAAUUCGUUAUCUUUACCUUUUCAUUGAACAAUGCACAGGACACAGUCUACUGGUCACAGGCUACAAGUUUCAGGUGGUGUCAUAUGAUGUUUACUGAAGCUAUUCAUAAUACAAAAAUCUUCAAGAAAUCUAGAUACCGGGUAAUAUUACUUAAUUGUACAAGUAUUCCCGAUUCACCAUGCACGGUACGAGAAAUAUUCCGGUAAUUAUGGUUCUUCUGUCACUGCAUAUUCACCUAUCCCGGAUUGUUUUAAUAUCCGGUACUAUACUUCUGUACCAGCGAAGAUGUCCGGAUAAUCAAAAGGACUGGGAAGAGUGGUCAAACAGAUUUAGAUGUAAUGGCUCUACCGUAUAUCAUUGUAUGCAGGACCAGGAAGGGCGUUACGUCACAUUUUGUGCAAGAGAAAUUUUGAUUCAACCAGAUUACUGCCCGGAAUUCAAUACCAAGGUCUCAGUGAUUAACGCGAUGCUGUGUCCAGGAGCCUUAGCUGGAUGUCCGGAGAAGGCGUACUACUCCAAUGUUAUGUAUAAAUGUCCAAACCACCUGCUGAAGAGGAGCAGAACGUAAAGCCCUGGCUGUCUACCUUAUUGAUAGCUCUUGGAGUCAUCCUACCUGUAUUUGUUAUCACGUUCCUUGUUCUUUUGUUUAGAGCACGUAGAACUUCGAUGAAGAGUAAACCCAUUAACAGAUACACUGAAGAAACAGAAGAAGGUACUGGGUUUCUCAUGGACGUCGGGAAUACCACCACAGCCGAAACCAAUGCAGACAUGGAGGAGAAAUUCAUAGAACCUAAAACAUACAGUAAAGCAGUUAAAAAAGUAAAGACAGAAGGAUAUGUAAUUCUUUAUGGUGCAACCGGAUGUGGGAAAUCCACAGUAGCAACCCAUUUGGUGAGGAAUGAGUUUCCGGAUUAUAAUGUCGUGCAUCUGAGAGGAAAACAAAACGAAGCUCCGAGAUUCUCAAGUGACGGUGGGCUAGUUUUCUGGGAUGAUUGUUUCGGAAUCUGGAAAAUUAAAGACGAUGAAAAUAAAGAUGGCACUUCAAAAUAUAUGAAGACAUUAAUUGAUAAAUGCAAAAGAGACCCCCAACAAUACAAAGCAGUGUUAUGUUUUGAUUCGUUCUUCAAAUAUGAACAAAAUAAUCCCUGUGAUAAUAUUACAAAUGCCAUGACUCUUGAUAAAAACUAUGAUUCACAAACAAAAAAAGAAAAUUUUAGAGAUGAAAUGAAACCUACCAAAUAUUUUCAAAUACCGACUGUGUGUAAUGAAGUUGGCUUCCCGCUUUUGAUCAGUUUGAUUCUGAGAGAUCCAUACCUACAGGAAAAUAUUAAUGCCUUCUUUAAAGAUCCAACGUCAGUUCUACAAGACAGAUUUCUCCAACUUCUCAAAGACCAAGUUGAUGUAUACGUAACUCUCAUUUAUGCUGUAUGUAAUUGUCCUGUGAAUCUGAAAGACGUGAGUAAAGAGAAGUGGGACAUUUUAAGGAAGGAAUGUGAAGAUCCGAAGAGCCGUGAGUCUGGAAAAGAAAAGGAAGACAGAAAACGUCACUAUACUUCUGAUGCGAAGAAAAACACUGAAAACCAAACUAAUUCGAAGAUAUCAGAAGAGGCCAAUAUACCGACAUCCACGACAGAUGAACUUUCAGAGAAGUCGGAAGAGCCGGAGAAUAGUACGUUAGACGGGGAAACAAUGGACAGCGGUUACAAUAAAACCAAUAAUGUUAAUGUAGGGACUGAUGUUUGUGAUAAAAAUGGAGAGGGUGCUGGCGGAAAUCCUGUCGAUGAUAAUGCUAAAAAGAACUGGAAUGAAGUGGAGGACGAUGCUAGGAGUCGUUCUAGUGAUAAUUUGAAUGUCAGGGGUACUGACGGAAAUUCAGUGGAUGAAAUGAAUCGAAGUGAAGUGGGUCGUUCACGUGAUAAACUGAACGUUAAGAAUUCUGGGAUUUUGAAAAAGCGCAAAGUUAUUGAAAUGAAUGAAAAUCUGGCGAAAUACCUAGUAGAAAGCGAGGUGGACGAUAAGCGAUUAGAAUUUCGUCAUCAGUUUCUGGCGGAGACCCUGCUUCGUUUCCAUAUCAAAAAUGUUGGGAAGAAAGGGAUGUCAAAAGUAGCCAAAAAGGAAGUUGUAUUUGUUUUAGAGAAAUUAUCAAAUAUGUAACUACGACCGGUAACUUCGGAAUACUUACAUGCGAUAUUUGUUAGACUUCAUCUUCAUCACUAAUUCAAACUGCAAUAAUAUAAAUUUAUUGUGAAUGGAUUUAUAUAAUGAUAUUAUUCAUAAAGCAUUAUCAAACCAGAUAAAUAUUUACAUACAUCUAUCUGCUGUGUAACGGAUGCAUUAUGUAACCAUGUCUACUAUUAAACAUUAUUUUGAAUGAAACAA